AUGGCAGCGCCUCAGUUCACAGAUAGAGCCGCAAAGGCCCUUGGCGACGCAGCAAACCUGGCAGAGCAAUACGCCCAUUCCCAGAUUCUGCCAGUUCAUCUUGCAGUCGCUUUAUUUGACCCUCCUCCGGACGAGUCAAAAGACCAACAGACUUCAGUCAAUGCCUCGCAAGCUCACGCCUCAGCACCGCUGUUCCGACAGGUGGUAGAGCGAGCCCAUGGCGACGUUCAGUUACUCGACAGAGCCUUCAAGAAAGCUUUGGUGCGGUUACCCAGUCAAGAUCCUCCGCCAGAGCAUGUCACCAUGUCACCGGCCCUUUCCAAGGUCAUUAGAUCCGCCCAAGAACUCCAAAAGACCCAGAAAGACAGCUAUGUCGCGAUUGACCACCUGAUCAGCGCCUUAGCACAGGACCCCAAGGUUCAAGAGGCGUUUCGCGAGUCGAACAUUCCCAACAACAAACUCAUCGAUGCCGCCAUCCAGCAAAUACGGGGGACGAAAAGAGUAGACUCCAAACAGGCCGACUCAGAGGAGGAGAAUGAGAAUCUCAAGAAGUUCACAAUCGACAUGACGCAGUUAGCACGGGAAGGAAAGCUCGAUCCCGUCAUUGGACGAGAGGAGGAGAUUCGAAGAGUGGUCCGGAUCUUGUCCAGAAGAACGAAGAACAACCCCGUGCUCAUUGGUGAGCCCGGUGUGGGAAAGACGACCGUCAUCGAGGGGCUGGCACAGCGCAUCAUAAACGCCGACGUCCCUGCCAACCUCGCCGCAUGCAAACUUCUCUCACUCGACGUCGGGUCUCUUGUUGCUGGCAGCAAGUAUCGCGGUGAAUUUGAAGAGAGAAUGAAGGGUGUGCUCAAGGAGAUCGAGGCGUCCAAUGAGAUGAUCGUCCUUUUUGUCGACGAGAUCCAUCUCCUGAUGGGCGCUGGCGCUAGUGGUGAGGGCGGAAUGGACGCAGCAAACCUCCUCAAGCCCAUGCUCGCCCGUGGCCAGCUCCACUGUAUUGGCGCCACCACCUUGGCCGAAUACCGCAAAUACAUCGAAAAAGACGCUGCUUUCGAACGACGGUUUCAGCAAGUCUUAGUCAAAGAACCCUCCGUGGCCGAGACCAUCUCGAUACUCCGUGGCUUGAAGGAGAGGUACGAAGUUCACCAUGGUGUGACUAUUCUCGAUGGCGCCAUUGUUGCAGCUGCAUCCUUGGCCGCUCGUUACAUCACCUCUCGGCGACUGCCGGAUUCAGCUGUCGACCUCAUAGAUGAAGCAGCAGCAGAUGUCCGUGUCAUCCGCGAAUCUCAACCCGAAGUUCUGGACAAUCUCGAGCGACGGCUCCGACAACUCGAAAUCGAAAUCCACGCCUUACAACGCGAGACGGAUCCGUCAUCCAAAGAGCGUCUGGAAGAGGCUAAGCGCGAAGCAGCCAACGUCAAGGAAGAACUCGAGCCACUCAAAGAACACUAUGAGCGCGAGAAGAAUCGGUCCCGCGAGAUUCAAGAAUACAAGAUCAAGUUGGAACAGCUCAAGAACAAGCGGGACGAAGCCGAACGUUCCAAUGAUCUGCAGACCGCUUCCGACCUGACGUACUAUGCCAUUCCAGAUGUCGCCCACAAGAUCAAAGAACUUGAGAAUGCCAGAGCCCAAGCUGAUGCUGAACAGCACACCAGACUUGGUGCGAUGGGCGAGGUCUCACCGACUGAUGCAGUUGGCCCAGAACAGAUCAAUGCAAUCGUGUCCAAGAUGACCGGCAUUCCAAUCACCAGACUUCGUGCCUCCGAGAAAGAAAAGAUCCUCCACAUGGAACAGCAGCUCGGUCGCACAGUGGUUGGACAGAAAGAAGCUGUCCAAGCUGUUUCGAACGCCAUCAGAUUGCAACGUUCUGGCCUUGGCAACCCGAAUCAGCCACCAUCCUUCUUGUUCUGUGGUCCUUCCGGAACUGGUAAGACGUUGCUGACCAAAGCACUCGCGGAAUUCCUGUUCGACGACCCGAAGGCCAUGAUCCGGUUCGACAUGUCAGAGUAUCAAGAACGACACUCGUUGUCGAGGAUGAUUGGCGCGCCUCCGGGCUAUGUUGGACAUGACGCUGGCGGUCAGUUGACGGAAGCCUUACGACGACGACCUUUCUCAAUCUUGCUGUUCGAUGAGGUCGAGAAGGCUGCCAAGGAAGUUCUGACCGUCCUGCUCCAGCUCAUGGACGAUGGGCGCAUUACCGACGGACAAGGUCGUAUUAUCGAUGCCAGAAACUGCAUUGUCGUCAUGACCUCUAACCUCGGUGCCGAAUACCUCUCCCGCCAGAAUGCACCCGACGGAAAGAUUGACCCCACGACCAAGGAGCUGGUGAUGAAUGCGCUUCGCAACUACUUCCUACCCGAGUUCCUGAACAGAAUCAGCGCGAUUGUCAUCUUCAACCGGCUCACUAGAAGAGAGAUCCGGAAGAUUGUCGACUUGAGGCUGAGCGAGAUCCAGAAGCGGCUCGAGAGUAACGACAAGAAGAUCUUUAUCAACGCUACCGACGAGGUCAAGGAUUACCUGGGUGCUGCUGGCUAUUCGCCUGCCUACGGCGCACGUCCAUUACAGAGAUUGAUUGAGAAGGAGAUCCUCAACCGGCUGGCAGUGUUGAUACUGAGAGGUGCUAUCAAGGACGGCGAGACUGCGAACGUCAUCCUGGAAGACGGACGGAUUGUGGUCCUGCCAAAUCACACUGAUAGUGAGAUGGAAGAUGACGAAGAUAUGUUUGACGAGGAUGAUGCGAUGUUGGAGAUUGAAGAUGGUCCCAAUGGGAACAUGGAUCUUUACGAGUAA